UAUAAAAAUAAGUCCGGUUUUCCUCCCUGACGCUAUAACUCCAGAACGCACGAACCGAUUUCCACGGUUUUGCAUUCGUUGGAAAGGUCUUGGGCUCCGUGAGGUUUAUAGCAAAGAAAAUUCUGGAAAAUUCAGGAAAAAUUCAACAGAAAAGUGGGGAAAUCGUUUUUCACAUACAGCGCCAUCUAUUAUACAUAGCAUGUACUUCAAACCAAUAGCAACGGUGCGUGAUAAAGUGUGUGACAGAUAUCAUUAUUCUCUGUUCAGUUAAUUUCAUUUAUUGUAAAUUAUAUGGAUCGUGCAUUUGAAGUUAAAUUCAACACUAUGUCCAUAGUCCAAAAUGCCUAGAGAACGACGUGCGAACAUCGGCCGCCGCACAAGACAUGCAAGCCAGCAACAAGUCUAUUCAAGGAACUUAAGAGAAGAAAGACAAAAUAUAAUAAGAGAAAAUGACCGAUUGAGACAUCGCGUGAGCACACGAAGAUCAUUGGCAUCAUACAAUCGCUUGGCAUUCCAAUAUGAUCCCACUGCGAACUACAGUGAUGAUGAAAAUUUGGAUAUUGGACGAAUGACGACUAUAUGCCGAUAUUGCAAUGCGGUAAAGUUCAAAAGAGAAACGGUUGGAUUGUGCUGCGCAAGUGGAAAAGUCAAACUGGAUCCAUUACUUACACCACCACAGCCACUGAAAACAUUGUUUGAUGGAAGUGAUCCCGAUUCCAGCCAUUUUCUUCAACACAUCCUUGAAUACAAUAACUGCUUUCGCAUGACUUCCUUUGGAGCUAAUAUCAUUCGAGAAGGCGGCUUCAUGCCGACUUGCAAGAUACAAGGUCAAAUAUAUCAUUUGCAUGGUUCAAUGGUGCCAACACCAGAUGAACCGCAUCAAUUUCUGCAAAUAUAUUUCAUUUCGUCGAUGGUGGAUCAGCUGAACGUGCGGUGCAAUAUACAGGGAGCACAACAGUUAAAGAGACGAAUUAUUGAACAGUUGCAAGCAUUUUUUCACGCUAAUAAUGCUGUGGUUAAUAUGUUCAAAACAGCAUUGGAACGAAUGCCAUCGGAUACGCACAAAUUUGUCAUAAGAGCGGAUUGUACUCCGACAGGUGAACAUGUGCGAAGAUUCAAUGCACCCACCGUUAAUGAUGUUGCUGCAAUUAUUGUUGGCGAUCCAACUAAAUCACGAGACAUUGUCGUUCAGCGAAGAAGCAAUAUCAUGCAUCGUGUAAACGAGACACAUCGUUUGUACGAUGCGUUACAAUAUCCAAUCAUUUAUUGGCAAGGGCAAGACGGAUACGACAUCACGUUGAAGAUGGUCGAUCCAAUUACAGGAGUAUCAACGAAUAAUAAAAAUCUAAGCGCAAUGAAUUACUAUGCGUAUCGUAUGAUGAUUCGUACACAUGAGGAGAAUGUCAUUCUGAAGUGCGGUCGGCUAUUCCAGCAAUUCGCUGUUGACAUGUAUGUCAAAGUCGAGACCGAACGUUUAGCGUUCAUCAGAUUCAAUCAGCCAAAGCUACGAUCUGAGGACUAUAUACACUUGCGUGAUGCUAUUCAUUCAGAUGGUGAUGUUCAGAAUAUUGGACGACUGACGAUUCUCCCAUCAACUUAUAUCGGAAGCCCACGCCACAUGCACGAAUACGCUCAAGACGCUAUGACGUACGUGCGAAAUUAUGGAACUCCGGAUUUUUUUUGGUGA